AAUACGUCGAUGUUUUAAAUGAAACGAUUGGUAUAUUUUUUGUGUUAAAGAUGACUGUAUCUGACGAGUAGACGGACUAGAAUAAAGUAUGAUAAAAUAUAUCGCUGUGCAGAAUGUUCUAUACGCAUAUGCCGUUUAUUAUUAAGAGAAACUUUUUCAUGAUCCCCUAUGGGAAAUAAACAUGUGUCAUAUUUCCGCCGGCAUCGAAAUCGAUUCCUUAAUUAUAUCCCUUUCAUAAGGGAAGGUGUAAAUUUUCGAAUGUUUCGGUCUCACGGCGAUAAUACAUAUUGCACUCUGUAUUUAACUUAAAUAUAGAGCAAUUUGCAAUUUGAGCAAUUUAAGAGUAAAUUGAAGCCCUAUAGCAUAAUUUUCUCAAUUGAAUAGAAAGAAGGGAAUAAACGAACCCGUUAUUUUUUUGCAUUAUCAAAUGCAUCUCGAUGCCCGCGGAAAGAUGAUCUGCAUUGACUGUUUACAUAUCAGCCUUAAUCGAAAGCUGCUACUCGCAGUCGGUCUAUGGCCUUAUCAACAAUCGAAAUUCGUUCGAUUUCAAUUAAUUCUGCUUUUUGCUAUUUUGACGUCCUUCAUUAUAUUUCAGUUUACAGCAUUUAUGACAUCAAAAUGUACUCCUGAUCUUAUCAUCAACGUAUUAUCUUCUGCAUUAUUUUAUAUUAUGUUUCUUAUUAAGUACAGUUUUUUUCAUAUUAAUAUUGAAGUUGCGAAGUGUUUGUUGGAGCAAUUGCAGAAUAUCUAUAACGAGUUAACGGACAAGAAUGAAAUUAGAAUUAUAAAAAAGUACGGCAUUUACGCAAAACGUUACACAGCUGGUUUAAUACUGGUUGUCAUAUUUUCUGCACCCGGUCUAAUUUUGUAUCCAUUCUGGCCGUAUUUUUUCAACAUCCUCUUAUCUAUAAAUGUGUCUCGAUCACAUCUCUCGCUGAAAAAGAUGUAUGUCACCGAGUAUUUUGUCGAUCAGAAAAAAUACUUUUAUUUGAUUUUGUUGCACGCAAACGCGGCUCUAUACGUAGGAGUAUUCACAAUACUAGCGAUAGGAACGAUAUUUAUAGUCUAUCAACAGCAUGCCUGCGGAAUGUUUCGAAUCGCCAGUUAUCGCAUCGAGAAAGCAAUGGCGGUCGAUAUUUCACAGAAAGGCAACCUGCGAAACAGAAAUUUGAUUUACAAGGAAUUAAUUCGCGCCGUGGAUAUGCAUCGCGAAGCCAUGAGAUUUUCGGACUCUGCGGUAUCCAGAUUUAAAGUGAUGUAUUCUCUUAUGAUAUUAGUUGGGGUAAUUAGCGGAAGUUUAAAUUUCUUUCGAAUUUUUCAGGCGCUGUCAUUCGGAUAUGAUGCUGAGGAACUUCUGUUACCGUUAAUAUCUGUGUCUACUUAUUUAUCGAUCAUAUUUGUAGGCAACUAUAUCGCGCAAGAAAUUAUGGAUCACAAUAAUGAUGUGUUUAUUUCUGCAUAUAAUAUUCAGUGGUAUGCAGCUUCCGUAAACGUACAGAAGAUGAUACUAUUUCUAUUGCAAAGAAGUACCAAGGUUUUCAAUAUAAAUAUUGCUGGGUUGUUUGUGGGUUCAUUAGAAGGUGCAGCUACGUUGUUGAGUACCAUAAUGUCGUACUUCACCGUACUUUACUCUACACGGAUGUAACACAAAAUGUGUCAAUUAAUUUAGUUUAGUUUA